AUGCAUCCACACUCAUACCUCGGCGCAAUCGUCCUCCUCACGAGUGUCACCACCAUCGUAUCCGCUCUUCCAGAAAAAGAAAUCCUCGUGCCUAUUUUGCCUCGUCAAUCCUCCGAAGAAGAUUAUCUCACCUCCGUCUGUUCUCCAAACAUAACCUCAGGCACCAUCCCCCCCUGCAUCGAAGUAAUAACCAUCCAAUCUGCCUGCACCCCCAACGGCACCACGCCUCUUGAUUAUCUCGCUCACGCACAAUGCAUGUGUAAUGGUGGAUUUUUCAGCAACUGGCUUGGAUGUCUCAACUGCGAUUAUGUACAUGGUGGACGAUCCCCAGCAGUCGUCAGCGCAUUUAAUACUAUUAUUACCAGUGCGUCCAAUCAACUCUGUACCGGUACACCUACUGCGAGUUUUGCGGCAAUUUUCAAUAGUUUGGGAGGAGGAGAUGUAGCAGAGGGAACGGCAACUCAAUUGACGGAUUUGUAUCCGAGUGAGACGGCGGUUAGUCUUUAUUAUACUGCGAGUGGAAAUCAGGGACCAGGCGCUAUUACGGGAAGUGCAACGGGAGCCACGAAGACGGGUGGUACGUCGGCGAGUGUGGCGGCUACGGGAUCGUCAUCGGCCUCUGGUGUUUCGGCUACCGCUACGAAGACUACUGCGGGAAGUGCUGGUACGACGGCAAGUGGAACUGAAACUGCAACUGGAAGUACAUCUCGUUCGACUGGAGGCGCUGCACCAACCGGGGUCAUGAGGGGAUUCUUGGGAAUGGCUAUUGGUGGCGUUGUAAUGGCUGCAUUGUGA